AUGGAAACUACCAGUAUCAGCUCGGGUCCGACAUCAGAGCGCUCGCCUCAAUCGACACAUCACUUUGAUGAUGUGGCUUCAGUAACAACGGGGUUGUCAAGUGGUAGUAGCGAACAAGCUCAUCUUGAAGAGUCCAAUGCUGAAGGUGACGAACCAUUUGGCGAUCACAGUGCAUCUAUUCCAGCAUCAUACAACUUCAAUCAUUCUGACCUUGUCAAGAAGCUUUUUGCUACGCCGCGUCAUCGCGCUCACCGCCGCUCAAGGUUCACGCGUCGAUCCUUACUUCAUCGUCAAUUUUCCCUAGGCAGAGGCAACCCAUCUAUGGUCUGGUGCAGCGACAAAGGAUGCGACGACGAAUGGCUUCUCUUCACGAAUCCUCAGAUAUAUCUUCAGGACUGCGACAAGAGCCAGGAAGGACUGUCUUUAGAUACGUACUUGGAGGACUUCGCCGAGUUAAUGGUCUCGAAGCUCUUUGCCAUCCAGGACGCCAGAGCUAGCAAGCACAAGACCCGAUAUAUGUUAUCCUUUAUCGACUCUCCUGCUGUACGAUCUACUUUCUGCCGAUUCAUCAUCCACCAUGACUAUUUGAAAGUUGAUCGCUCCGAUGAAGAGUUUCAGAAGUCUCUCGUGGCGGCUCAGCCAAUCUUUGAAGAUCUCAUGUUUGGGUAUAAAACAUCGGCCAGGAUUCACAAGGUUCACAGUUAUAUCUCGCUUGAUCUCAAGAAUCCUAGAGAUAUGAGCCCUCAGAAGCUCAUCGUGCGCUUCCUUAUUUCCUGCGAGAUUUGGAGACAGCAAAAGACACCUCGGUCUGAAAGUUGGAAGAUUGGCUCUGCCAGAGGAGUGUCCCAGUUCCUCGCCGCUAUGUUAUUCAACUACAGGCUCAUGUGGAAGCAACGCUGUUUUAGCAUAGACUACAUCAAGACAAACGACAUUUGGAAUCAGGUCUGGGAGCAGUGGCUACAAAAUUAUCCUCUCCAAGACCCUGAUGAACUUGUCGAUGGCGACUUCUUCCAGCAACGGAACCAACUUAAAAAGACAGAAGAAGAGGUUCUCGAUGAACUCGGAUAUCUUGGAGGUGUUGGGCAAAGUAAUGAGACCUACAACCCUGUCAAGUGGCGCUUGGGAAAGGGGGAUUUCGAGCUCAUGAAGUAA